AGACGGCCGCGUUCCGGUUCCGGUCGGUUGCCCCGGAGACGCGGGUACACAGAGACGAACGGCUCCCGUCGGAGGCCCGAGUGACCGCUGCGGUCGUCCCGUCUGCGGAUGAGCCACGUCACCCCCGAGCUUGUGGCGGGCGCAGAGCUGCAGUCGCCAUGAGCCAGAGGCAGGUGUUGCAAGGUAGGACCCGGGGCGGGCGCCCCGACGGCGGGCGGCGGGAGCGGGGUACGACGGGGCGGCCCGCUCCACCGUGUCUCUCCCCGCAGUGUUCGAGCAGUACCAGAAAGCCCGGACCCAGUUCGUGCAGAUGGUGGCAGAGCUGGCAACCAGACCCCAAAACAUCGAGACUCUGCAGAAUGCGGGUGUAAUGUCUUUGCUGAGACCUCUUCUUCUGGAUGUGGUCCCAACAAUUCAACAGACUGCUGCUUUGGCUCUUGGGAGAUUGGCUAAUUACAACGAUGACCUAGCAGAAGCGGUUGUGAAGGGCGACAUUCUUCCACAGCUUGUUUAUUCACUGGCAGAACAGAAUCGUUUUUACAAGAAAGCAGCUGCCUUUGUGUUACGAGCAGUUGGUAAACAUUCCCCUCAACUAGCUCAGGCCAUAGUCGAUUGUGGAGCACUGGAUACGCUGGUGAUAUGCUUGGAAGAUUUUGACCCUGGAGUCAAGGAGGCUGCAGCCUGGGCACUUGGAUAUAUUGCAAGACAUAAUGCAGAACUGUCACAAGCUGUGGUGGAUGCGGGAGCGGUUCCUCUUUUAGUGCUCUGUAUCCAGGAGCCAGAAAUUGCUUUGAAAAGGAUUGCUGCUUCGGCCCUUAGUGAUAUUUCAAAGCAUUCUCCGGAGUUAGCACAGACAGUAGUGGAUGCAGGAGCUAUUGCUCACUUAGCCCAGAUGAUCCUGAACCCUGAUGCUAAAUUGAAGCGUCAAGUCCUUUCAGCGCUCAGUCAGGUUGCAAAACAUUCUGUGGAUCUGGCAGAAAUGGUAGUUGAAGCAGAGAUUUUUCCAGUUGUACUUACCUGUCUGAAGGACAAAGACGAAUACGUGAAGAAAAAUGCUUCUACUUUAAUUAGAGAGAUUGCAAAACAUACACCUGAGCUUUCCCAGUUGAUAGUUAACGCAGGGGGCGUUGCUGCCGUGAUUGACUGCCUUGGGUCCUGCAAAGGCAACAUCAGGCUGCCUGGCAUCAUGAUGCUUGGCUACGUGGCGGCUCAUUCUGAGAACCUGGCAAUGGCGGUGAUCAUUUCCAAGGGUGUGCCCCAGUUGUCAGUCUGCUUGUCAGAAGAACCAGAAGAUCAUAUUAAGGCUGCUGCUGCUUGGGCCUUGGGACAGAUUGGGAGACACACUCCAGAGCAUGCACGGGCUGUCGCAGUGACAAAUACUUUGCCAGUUCUGCUUUCUUUGUACAUGUCAGCAGAAAGCUCUGAGGAUCUUCAAGUAAAAAGUAAAAAAGCUAUAAAGAAUAUCCUACAAAAAUGCACCUAUUUGCCAGCCCUCGAGCCGUUUCUGUAUGAUGCUCCUCCCAACAUUCUGAAGCACGUGGUCGGGCAGUUCAGUAAGGUGCUGCCACAUGAUAGCAAAGCUCGACGACUUUUUGUAACAAGUGGUGGACUUAAAAAGGUUCAAGAGAUAAAAGCAGAGCCUGGAUCCCUCCUUCAAGAAUAUAUUAACAGUAUUAACAACUGUUAUCCAGAGGAAAUAGUAAGUAAAUUAUUUCCAAAGAUACAAAUUUAUGCACUCUUGGGAGAUUUACGAGAAAUCCUUGACCAAAAGAGGUCCAACAAGUAUUAUUCUCCUGGAUAUUCAGAUACACUUCUGCAAAGAGUGGACAGCUAUCAACCACUUACUAACUAAGCACAGUUACAGUUUUAUACUCAAAUUCACUGCAGAACACUUAUGAAUAAGUUGUUAAAGCUCUUUCUAAAUAUU